AUGGAAGAAUACACAGCGGAUGCCUUCGUCAAUCGGGAGGAGCCUGUUCCAGUCAUCGCUGUCUCAGGCAGCGACAGCCCAUCAUCUGAUCCAAAAGGCAAACGUGAGAGGCUGAAAGAGUCACUCGGUGGCUCGAAAGACAAGUUGAAGGAAAAGCUUCAAGAUGCUGGCUCAGGUAGUAAAGACUAUGGGUACUCUUUGCAGGACCGUCUCUUCGCCAAGCUUCUGCAGCAGGUCAUACCGGAAGAAGAGGUCGAAGAGCUGGACUUGGCCCCUGAUGUGCGUUCGUCGAAAUACAUCAACAGGCCUGGCUUUUCUCUUCCUUUGAUGACAAACAACUUUCGCCGAUUCAAUGCUAGGAUUGGAGUAGUCUUUGUCUUCCAAAACCGUCUUGAGCGUCUCCUCACAUGGCGUAAACCCACGCACACUCUCUCCCUCCUCGCUGUUUGCACCUUCGUCUGCUUAGAUCCCUAUCUUCUCUCCGUUAUACCAGUGGCUGCAGCACUUCUCUUUGUCAUGGUCCCAGCCUACCUCGCUCGCCAUCCUCCACCACCUGUAUCAUCCAUCCAUACCACAUCUUACUCUAUGAACGGCCCACCUCUAGCCCCACCACGCACCAUCAAGCCCGCUGCGGAGAUGUCGAAAGACUUCUUCCGCAACAUGCGAGAUCUCCAGAACUGCAUGGAUGACUUUAGCACCAUUCACGAUGCCGUGCUUCGAAUCGUCACACCACCUACAAACUUCUCUAAUGAGCCGCUAUCUUCUACUAUUUUCCUUUUUCUCUUCGUUGCAACCUGCCUCCUUUUCAUUACGUCUCACCUCCUACCUUGGCGCCUUGUCUGUCUUCUGGUAUGCUGGACAGCAAUCGCUCUUGGUCAUCCUUCCAUCCAGCAGCUCCUGCUCUCCAAUCACCAAAAGCAUCUAGCACCUCACGAGCGGACCGCGCAGUCUUGGCUCGAUGCGUGGAUAUCGCACGACAUAGUCCUUGAUGCUCCACCAGAGACACGUGAAGUGGAGAUUUUCGAACUCCAACGCAGAAAUGGUGGACAGAAUGGCGAGUGGGAAAGUUGGAUGUUCAGCCCCGGACCCUACGAUCCGCUCUCACCGCAGCGUAUAUCCGGUGAUCGACCAAAGGGAACGAGAUUUUUCGAGGAUGUAGCGCCUCCAAGGGGCUGGGAGUGGGGAGAUAAAAAAUGGGUGCUCGAUCUGGCGAGUCGGGAGUGGGUGGAGGACAGGAUGGUGCAGGGUGUUGAGGUAGAGAUUGAAGGGGAGAGAUGGGUCGGUGAUCUUGCGGGGGAUAAAGAGGCUUAUGAGAUGAAGCCAAUAGGGAAGGGGAAGUCCAAGGAUUUGGACGAGGGCGGUGGUGAUAGCAAGAUGGGCGAGUGGAGGAGACGGAGGUGGGUGAGGAUGGUGAGAAGGAAAGUCGUCAGUGACAUAGGUAGCAUAGGAAGCUAG